UGUGCUUUCAGUUCUUCGCGCGCACAGUUCAGUUCGGUCGUUUUUUCUCGCCGAAAGUGGAAUCCAAAGCAAAAGCAAAGCAAAGCGAGACGAAGAGAGCGAGAAAACAGAAUACACAGAAUACGGAAAGUCACGUCGCGUCGCCCUCGCCCUCUGCCUUUGGCCUGUCUGGCUGCCUGGAUGUGGAUUAUAUAUAGUAUUCUUGGGAUCAAGAUAAUGAUGAUCCGAUUCGAUCAGGCUGAGCAGUGUUUUGCGUGUCGCUGAAAACGAAAGAAAUUGUAAAUUGUUAAGAGUUUCUUUGCGGACCCUACGAAAUAACUGUGAAGUGUCUUGUAUUUUAUUGUAUUGUGGAUCAAAGCGAGAGAGCGGAGCCAGAUAGAGAGAGAGCAGAGCAGCGAAAUAAGCAUAAAACGAAGCAGAAUUUACCAAUUCCAGAGUCUGUGUGAUUUAUAGCUGCGAAAUCUGUGAGUGUGUAUGUGUUGGCCCAAAUCAAGACCCAAAUCCCCCAAAAGAGAAUCCAAGAAAUAAACAAAAUAAAAUACAACAAAACAUGCUAUGCAAAAUAUACAAAACAUACGAAAAUAAGUCCUAGAAGUUCGUAAAAGAAACCCAAUAAAAGUCACAUAAAUAUACAAAAUAUACUCAAAAAAGUAGAAUCCUAAUCAAUGCUAAAAAUUUACACUUAAAGAAUAACAUUUAAUAAGCAACAAAUUAUUUCCGUGCAUCUUUUAAUUUAUUAUUCCUCAUAGUGACAGUUUUUGUUUCUUUAUUUCGUGUUUGCUUGAAUUUCAUUUCGUCUGAGAAAGAGAAAGAGAGCAAGAAGCAAAGGGUAAAAACCACAAAAAAAUAAAUAAAAAGUUAAUCACGCGAUUCGAUUGUUUCAAAUGAAAGUUGAAGCCAGAGUUGAGUGAAUUAAUGAUAUAUACCAUAAAAAUAUUGUAUAUACGAAUACAUAAAUAAUUACACACACACAUGUAUGGAAUGAUACAUUAAAUAACCUUUCAAUAAAAGUAAAUUUAUUUCAAUUCAACAAAUCAACAAGUGAAAACAAUUGAGGAAAGGUUGUUAUUUACAAUAACAUUUUGGGAUUAAUUGAGAAACAGCAACGUCAGGCGUUUUAAUUGUUAUUCGAUUGAACUUUGAACUGCGGAAUGGCUUCGUCACCCAACAAUGCGGCUCCGCCUGUCCUGUGGCGUGCUCGGCGAAAGAUUGGUCUGCAUUUGCGGAGCAUUGAGGAGCCACCGACGACCCCGUUGCAGCUUGGGGCCAGCGGCCGAAUGAAUGCGGAGCAGGGGGGCACAGGGUACGGCUAUGGCGAUCAUUCGCUUCUCCUUGCCUCACGCACCGGUGUCCCCCUGCCGCCAGCCUCACACCAGCCAUCACCCGCCCACCACUAUCAGCCGCUGAGCAGCAAUCAGAAUAAUAUUGGAUCUGCAUCAGGAUCCCCCAACUCCUCCGCCUAUCCACAGCUGCAGCUGUAUGCCACACAGCAGCCCAUGCAGCAGCAGCAGCAGUCGCAGCAUCUUUCUUCCUACCAGCAUCACUAUCAUCAUCAGUCGUCGGCGUCGUCGUCGUCGCCACAGCACACUAGACCGCCAUACGAUCCAGAGCAUGCGCGAAUGGAGGCCUGGCUGGAUGAGAAUCAGGAAUUUGUACAGGAUUAUUUUAUAAGAAAAGCCACACGUCAAACGGUGGAUGCCUGGCUGGUCUCGCAUGCCACCACAGCGGGCAAUGAUGUGGUCUCCAGCAGCUCACCCACACAUCCCAAUGGACAGACGAGCUCGUCGCGUGGCGGUUCCGGAGCCACCACACCAGUGCGAAAAAUCUCUGCUCAUGAGUUUGAGCGCGGGGGUCUGCUCAAGCCGAUUGUGAACACCAUCGAUGGGACACCGACAUUCUUGAGCAUUGGGCCGCCCAUGGAUAAUGGAGGUGUCGGCGGAUCCUGUUCGAAUCUACAGAAUGUGGGUGGUGUGGUGGCGGGACAGUAUCAGUAUCACAGCCACCACCACUCGCACCACCAUCAUCCGCAUUUGCACCACAGUCAGCACAGCCAUUACCAGGCAGGCGGGGCAGUGGGCAGCAGCAGUUUGGGCAGCAUCAACAGUGUGGCAGCAGGAGUCGGCACAGCCGGUGGCGCCUCCCCAGGCAGUACUGGAGCUGGUGGAUCCUCGUCCGCGGGCAGUGGAAAUGUACAUCAAUAUCAGUUCUAUCAUUGCAUUCAGCGACCACAGCGACUGUCCCGCAAUGAGCUCAAGCAACUCGAUGAAAAGGAAAUCAUUUUCGAACUGGUAAAGGACAUUUGCAAUGAGCUGGAAGUGCGCACGCUGUGCCACAAGAUACUGCAGAAUGUCUCCAUUUUGCUGAAUGCGGAUCGCGGUUCGUUGUUUCUGGUGCAGGGACGCUGCAAUGGACCCGAUGGACUCAAGAAAUGCCUCGUCUCGAAGCUGUUCGAUGUGUGCCCCCGCAGCACCGUGGAGGAGAUGGAACAGCAGGAGGAGGUUCGUGUGGCCUGGGGCACAGGCAUUGCUGGACAUGUGGCCGAAAGUGGAGAACCCGUCAAUAUACCAGACGCUUACCAGGAUGAACGUUUCAAUUGUGAAAUCGAUUCGCUGACCGGCUACCGGACAAAGGCGCUGCUCUGCAUGCCCAUCAAGGACUCCUCUGGGGAUGUGAUUGGCGUUGCUCAGGUCAUCAACAAAGUGAAUGGCGAGUGCUUCACCGAAAUCGAUGAAAAGGUCUUUGCCUCGUAUCUGCAGUUCUGUGGCAUUGGACUGCGCAAUGCGCAACUCUAUGAGAAAUCUCAGCUGGAAAUUAAGCGGAAUCAAGUGCUGCUGGAUCUGGCACGCAUGAUCUUCGAGGAGCAGAGCACCAUCGAGCACAUGGUCUUCCGCAUUCUCACCCACAUGCAGAGUCUCAUUCAGUGUCAGCGAGUGCAGAUUCUGCUCGUCCACGAGGCGGACAAGGGCAGCUUCUCGCGCGUCUUUGACUUUGAGGCGAAUGACCUCAGUGAGGAGGAGGCCACCUCACGCACCAGCCCCUACGAGUCGCGUUUCCCCAUCAACAUUGGCAUCACGGGACAUGUGGCCACCACCGGGGAGACUGUCAUGGUGCCCAAUGCCUACGAGGAUGAUCGUUUCGAUUCGAAAGUGGAUGAGAAUUCCAGCUUCAAGCAUCGCUCGAUCCUGUGCAUGGCCAUCAAGAACUCCUUGGGACAGAUCAUAGGAGUAAUACAGCUGAUAAAUAAAUUUAAUGAACUGGACUUUACCAAAAACGAUGAAAACUUUGUGGAGGCUUUUGCCAUCUUCUGUGGCAUGGGCAUACACAACACACACAUGUAUGAGAAGGCAAUUGUGGCCAUGGCCAAGCAGAGUGUCACCCUGGAGGUGCUCAGUUAUCAUGCCUCGGCCACCAUGGAUGAGGCACAUCGCUUGCGUCGCCUGCGUGUACCCUCGGCCGUGCACUUCCGUCUGCACGACUUUAAGUUCGAUGACAUACACUUUGAAGAUGAUGAUACACUGAAGGCCUGUUUGCGCAUGUUUCUGGAUCUCGAUUUUGUUGAGCGUUUUCACAUUGACUACGAAGUGCUUUGCCGUUGGCUGUUGAGCGUCAAGAAAAACUAUCGCAAUGUGACAUACCACAAUUGGCGGCAUGCUUUCAAUGUGGCACAAAUGAUGUUUGCCAUACUGACAACCACACAAUGGUGGAAAAUCUUUGGUGAAAUUGAAUGUUUGGCUCUCAUUAUUGGCUGCCUUUGCCAUGAUCUCGAUCAUCGAGGGACUAACAACUCAUUUCAAAUCAAAGCCUCAUCGCCUUUGGCGCAACUGUACUCCACAUCCACCAUGGAGCAUCAUCACUUUGAUCAGUGUUUAAUGAUUCUGAAUAGUCCUGGAAAUCAAAUAUUGGCCAAUCUUUCCUCCGAUGAUUAUUGUCGGGUUAUACGUGUGCUGGAAGAUGCCAUUUUAUCCACCGAUUUGGCAGUGUAUUUCAAAAAACGUGGACCCUUUUUGGAGAGCGUGGAGCAGCCAUUGAGCCAUUGGGUGGACGAGGAGCCGCGCGCUUUGCUGCGUGCCAUGAGCAUGACUGUCUGUGAUUUGUCGGCCAUCACGAAGCCGUGGGAGAUUGAGAAGCGUGUGGCCGAUUUGGUUAGCUCCGAGUUCUUUGAACAAGGCGAUAUGGAGAAGCAGGAGCUGAAUAUAACUCCGAUUGACAUAAUGAAUCGCGAAAAGGAGGAUGAGCUGCCCAUGAUGCAAGUGAACUUUAUUGAUUCCAUUUGCUUGCCCAUCUAUGAGGCCUUUGCCACACUUUCGGACAAGCUGGAACCUCUUGUUGAGGGCGUUCGCGAUAAUCGUGGGCAUUGGAUCGAUCUGGCCGAUGGCACCAAAACUAGUCAGCAGGAGGAAGAGGAGAAGCGUAAGGAGCAGCAAAUUGUGAUAUCGAAUGGUGACUGCAAGGCGUUGAUGAGUGAAGAUGAUGAUGAUGUGGCAGGAGAAGCCGUUGCUGCAGCAGGAAACCAAAGCGUAAAUGGCACACACACAGCAGUUGCCGACAGCAGCAACACAACUAAUAACCACAUUGCCGUCGUUGCUUCUCGUCCCACCAGCACCCAGUCCAGUGAUGAUGAUGAUGAUGCUGUUAAUGAUGUGGUUGCCAUCGCACCAAAGGAGCAGCAGCUAGAGGAGGAGCAUGAGCGGAGCAAUGGCCAUGCCGAUGUGGAGUCAAUUAGCAGCUGCCUGUCCUCGGCCUCGUCAUCGACAGCCUCAAGUCGUGCAUCCACUCCACCGCCCACGGGCGAAGAUGACAGCACUCCCGGUUCGCCCUCAAAGACGCUGCAGGCGCGACUCGUGGCAGCCAAUUUGAAUGCGUUGCAACGUCAGAGUCCAGCCGCACAGAAGCAGCGCUGCAGGAGCUGCGAGCAGACACAGCGCAGUGGCCUGCAGGUGCGCAAGACGAGCUCCCUGAAGGGACCGCAGGAUCUAGAGUGCAGGAAUGGCACGGCAGCUCUGUGCAAGAGCACGCCCAUGAUUAACAACCACAACAACCAUCAUCAUCAUCAUCAUCAUCACAGUCAUAGUCAUGGACACAGUCAUCAUCAUCAUCAUCAUCACUCGCAUCAGAAUCAUCAUCCCAUAAUCGGUGGAGGCAUUGGCUGUGCCAGCAUCGGUGGCAGUGGUUUGAUCAGCUUGAAUGCUGCCUCAACGGAUAGUGAUAGGAUACCAAAAAUUGUGGGCAAACUUGGAAAUCUCGAUGGUCUGCCCUUUGGCAAUGGGACUGGAUGCACACCGAAUGGUCAUGGCUUGCCGUACGGCAGCUAUCAAAUUCAUCAUCCACAUCAUAUACUGGCGCGUCGUCAUUCGGAGACAAACAGCAAUGGGGGGGCCACCGCCUUGGCAGCUGAUAAAUAAAUUCGAAAUGAAAAUGAAAAUAAAAAUACAUCCCAAUACAAUAAAUCUUCAAUAAUGUACAUACAUACAUUUUACAUAUACUCUCUCUGUCAUCUUGUACAUAACAUUUUCAUUUUCCAUGGAGCAACAGUAUCGCAGUGCAGUAGAGGAAAAAAAAGCAAAGAUAAAGGAAAAAGGAAAUACAUACAUACCAUAAGCAUAAAACAUAUUAAAACAAAAACACUAUAAAAAGAUUCCUAUAUCCAUAUAUAUAUAUCUGUGUGUGUAUAUUUUUUGAGAUCUAUGUGUAUGUUUGUGUUUCUUCGAUUUUAGUCUGUACGUUAAAAUAAAUCAUAUAAAUGAUACAAAAAUGAUAAAGCAAAGAAGUCAAAUUCUCUAGAUAUUUAAGCACAAAAAAUAAAACAACUAGAUAUUUAAGCACAAAAAACAAAACAAAAAUUGUACCAAAAAAGGCAGAAUAGUAGAUUCUUUAUAGCGCAUAAGCAUGGCAAAUGGAAAGCAAAAAAAGUAUUGUAAUAACCCCACAUAAACAUUAAGCAUAAACAUAUGAUUAUGAUAUGAUAUACUAUGAUAUGAUAAUGAUUGUAUAACUUCUACAUAUGUAAAACCUAAACGUUAGUUGAAUUAUCUCUAUGGGUACCAAAAGUCUAACUUUAGUAGCAUUAACCAACCAACCAAGCAAGCAACCAUCCGUCGCUUUGUCGUUGAAGAAUAGUUUAUAAAUAAUAACCUCUCUCCGGACGCACACAAAAAACACAGGAGAAGAACAGAAGAAAAAUAAAACAAAACAAAAAACUAAGCGCUUUGAUUUAACGCCUCUCAACUCUCUGCGCUCUUUUCGAAUUUAAAUAAUUGUAAUAUUACGCGAUAAUAAGAUAUGUAUAUGUAUGUGUAUUUGUAUCUACUCGAUGGCAUACUGUGUACCACCAUCUAAACCCUUAAACCGAACCCCAACCCAGCACGUCUAACGUUCUGUGUGCGCGUUACUUGGGCUAAUUGCCAUUCAAAUAUUUGUGUGCAGUUCAGUGCAGGAUGCAGUAUGCAGAUCUACGAUACCUACAAUAUAUAGAAUACAUAUGUAUAAUCCUUUAUUUAGAAUUUAAUUGUACUUUGUGAGUUUUGUUAUUUAUUGUCGGCAUUAUAGAGAAUCCUCCUCCUAUCGAAAAAUAUUUGCUGUAAUGGAACCCUGUUCAACAAGGAAAAACUAAAUAAAGCAACAAAAUAUCUAAA